AUGACGUCCACUUGGUGGCUGCUACUUUUAGGGGCUGCUUUGUCACACGUGACGGUCGCACAGGAGCAGCCGUUGCCUGACGAUGAGGACUCAUUGCCUGAUGACGGAGAUCUUUAGUAGUACACUGAAGAGAACACAGAUAAUCCGCAGUAUUCUCCGCAGGAUUGAAGAGGAACAGACUGAGAAAGACUCUGAGUCUCCUGCUCUGGAAUGGAUCUCCAAACGGCAGCACCCAGGGAAAAGGUUCCUUGAUGAGGUGGAGAAGAGACAACACCCAGGCAAACGAGAGGAAGGGGAGUGGAAUCUGGAGCUGUCCAAGAGGCAACAUCCUGGAAGGAGAUCCCCUACUGAUAUCUCCAAGAGGCAGCACCCCGGCAAACGCGGACUGGCCUAUGCCAAGCGCCAACAUCCAGGCAAGAGAGGUUUGGAUGAGGAGGAAGAUAUGGAUUUUGGAGACUUCCAAGAGGUAGACAAACGACAACACCCAGGUAAGAGGUACACAGAGCCAGAGAACGUAGACUACGUGCCACCAUGUGAAGGACCUGACCCGUUCAACUGCAGCAAAGGAAGUCUUUUGUUGGAGCUUCUAGACAAUGUCAACAGGAGCCGACAGGAGGAAAAGCGACAGCAUCCUGGACGGAGGUCAACUUGGGAAGCAGAAGUCCCUGUAGCUCAGGAAUGA